GCGAGACCUCGAUAGCCGUGAGCAGCUAUGGCAUAUUAUCAAUCUCACACAGUCGGUUUCCUCAACAAAGACUUGUCCGUUGUUCAUAUUCUCCCUACGGUCCUCUUGGGCAUCCUUGUUAUUCUCACAUGGCGUUGGAUGAGAAGACCGGCAAUCCCAACUAUCAAUUCCUAUUCCGGUGAUAUAACAUUGAGAAAAGCACAUGCAGAAUUUGUAUCGAAUGCUAGGGGCUUGAUUAAGGAAGGUAUUCGGAAGUUCAACGGCCCAUUUCGCAUUAUAACCACCCUUGGUUCUCGAGUCAUCCUCCCAGCAUCUUAUACAGAAUGGUUGAAGAACUGUUCAGAUUUAGAUCAUCAGGCGCUUGUACAUGACGAAUACUUUGCAGCGUAUCCUGGAAUGGAAGGACAGGGCAUCGUAACUGAUCCCAGAAAAAUCCUCAUCGAUGUCACCAAGAAGAAGCUGAACCAGAAUAGUCAGUGUGAAUUGUUUCACAAACACCUUACAGAGGCCCUGAGAGAAAUUUGGACAGAUGAUAAUGACUGGCACACCGUUGAUUGGUCUCAACACGCAAUUCGCUUCAUCGGGCGAAUGUCAGCAUCUGUUUUCGUUGGCCCUCAACUAGCUCGCGAUGCUGCAUGGCAGGAGUUGACUCUCACUUCUACAAUGAAUACAUUUAUGGGAGUCCGAUCACUCCGCGCCUGUCCUGCUUUCCUCCGUCCACUUGUCCAUUGGUUCUUGCCAGAGCUCAGAGCAUGCCGUCAACAAUUGCGUCUCGCUCGUCGUAUAUUACAGCCAACUUUCGACCACAGAGCACGUGUGCGAGGCACUUCUAUUGAAAGUCAUAAAGCAGAAAAGUUUAAUGACACCAUCGAGUGGCUUGAGGAGAUAGCCGCGGGACGCCCCUACGAUGCCGCUGCUGCACAAAUAGCAUUUGCGAUAAGUGCAAUGCACACAACCUCCGAGUUGCUCAAGCAGGCCCUUCUGGAUAUAUGUAUGCACCCGGAAUUGAUUCCAGCUAUAAGAGAUGAAGCAAACAAGGCUAUUGAGGAAAGUGGAUGGACAACUGCGGGCGUUUUCAAGAUGCAGCUACUGGACAGUGCAGUCAAGGAGACCCAACGGCUGAAGCCUGGAAUAUUAGCAAAUCUUGAACGAAAAGCUAUGCGAGAUAUCGUCCUUCCAAAUGGCAUGACUAUACCCCGCGGAACUAACGUUGCUGUUGAUUCGUCCGUGAUGUGGGAUCCCACUAUUUAUCCUAACCCUUCCACCUACGACGGCUACCGUUUUCUUCGUCUACGUCAAUCCGGCAAUGCUUGGGCAGCACUCGCUUCCACCAGCCGGGAGCAUAUCGCCUUCGGGAUAGGGAAGCCAAUCUGUCCUGGGAGGUCCUUUGCUAGUAAUGAAGUCAAAAUCGCGCUGGCUAAGAUUCUGUUGACUUACGAUGUCAGAAUUCCGGAAGGUGUCAAGCCAAAGGUUGUGGAGAUCGGGUUUGAGAUGUUGAGUGACCCGGAUGCAAAGCUGGAGAUUAGGAAACUGCUAGAUUGUAAAGAAUGACGGCUUGUUGCAGGAAGCCGAUGCCCUAGACAAUUUGUAGACUAUACAAAUAUGAUUCUUGUUCCGAAAUUACUGAGAGGAAGGGUUGGAUAUGUGGUAGAAAAUCACCUGACCCUUAUCGAUAAGGGAUCUCCAACAGCUCC